AGUGACUCGAAUAGACGUUAGCGGAUAUUUUAUUUCAACUUCAUUCUCAAUCUGCGCAUUCGAUGUUUGUUGAUAAAAUAUAAAAACAAAAAAAUAAUAAUUAAAAACAACGCAACGACGAACGAAACGAACUGCAAAGUGGAAGAGCGGCUGUUGAGAGUUUGUCAUUAAUCAGUUAGCUAGCGGCAAAGAAGUUCGGUGGACGCGGUUAUCGGUUUUCAGCAGAAAAUUCACGCCACGGAAAAAAGUUGAAAUUUUUAUAAGUGCAUUCAUUUUUUUACGCGGGCUUAUUAAUUUUAUAAGUUUUCCAUCUAUAAAAAAAGAAACAAUAUAACUGUAAAAUUUACAAUACAAUACAAAUUUAUUAAUAAAUCAUGUUUAUUGGUGCUUUAACGGAUUAACAAAAAAAAAAACACUUAAUUUAUUUAUAAACAUUUACGAGUCAUCCUGUAUAGAUACGGUGUACUUUGGAAAAAAAAGAAUGUGUUGACAGGUGUCAAUCAAUAAACAAUUUAAAUCAAAAAUUUGUUUACCCGCAAUUAAACGUGGUAAAUCAAUAAUAAAGUGUAAGCAUCGUCCAGUUAAGUUAAGUCACAUUUUGGAUUAUAGUGCGCUUUAAAGUGAAAAUAUUGUUUAAGUGCGAAUUCCCAUACCACACAAAACCGUGCCUCAAUAAUUUCGCUCCAUCAAAACAAUAAUUCUUCUAAAAUCGUAUUUAAAGUCCAAGAUUGAUCUUAAAUCCAGCAUGGUUUCCUACUAUAACUCACUGUCAUACUCACAAAAGCACAGUGCCGCUAAUCUGCCAUAUCCCGCCGGUCAACCAUGGGCAUGGCAAUCGAACUACCAUCCGCCCCCGAAUCAUCAAUUUCUGGGCGACGUUGAUUCACCACACGGAGUCGGACAUCAUCCCAUCCAAUAUUACAAUCACAUGUUCGGUAAUCAUCCAUCGACGGCGGACUGGCAUGCAACGGAGAACUUUCAAAAUGCCACCGCCCAAUCGCACUUGUUGCAGCAUCAGCAUCAACAUCAGCAGCACCAACAACAACAACACGACCACCACCAGCAUCACCAACAUCAAUCUGGUGCGACGCAACUAAAUGAUUCGGCAAGUAGUGUGGGGGAGCCCCAAAUCGCCGAUGGACUACCUUCACCGCCAAUUACGGUUUCGGGAAGUGAGAUCUCAAGUCCUGGAGCACCAGCAUCAUCGUCUUCGCCACACGCUAAUAUGAGUACAAAUAGCAACAAUAAUAACAACAACAGCACAACAAAUAACAACAACACCAGUAGCAACACCACAAUAAACAACAACACAAUCCGAUCGUCACCUGUCAAGAGUCCCUACUAUGAUUGGAUGAAGAAGCAGUCUUACACGGCGCAACCAACACCAGGUAAGACCCGCACAAAAGAUAAAUACCGUGUAGUCUACACCGACUUCCAGCGCCUUGAACUUGAAAAGGAAUACUGCACGUCCCGCUACAUUACCAUUCGACGCAAGACAGAAUUAGCACAAUCGCUUCAGUUAUCCGAACGGCAAGUUAAAAUCUGGUUCCAAAACCGUCGGGCCAAAGAACGUAAGCAGAACAAAAAACGAGACGAUCCAAUGUCUGCGGUCGUCCAACAUUCCGACCUUGCCAGCUACAUGGAUACUAAGCCCAAAAUCGAACCAGGCCUACAUCAUCUUCAACAUUCGCUGCAUCCGAUGAGUUCAAUGGCAAUGAAUAUGCCGAUGAGUUUACACCACCAUCAUUCAGUGCUCCAUCAUGGCCACCAUCCGUUGGCAGUUCCACCAGCACCGCAACACCUUCACCAGACACAUUCACAAAUGUCAACUGCAGUGGCGGCCUCUGUAGGAGCACUCUCAAUGUGAUUUUAAAAAACCCCUGAUUAGGACAAAAAUUAGCUCUUGCACUCACUCAUUUAUCAUCGUUAACAUCACAAUAUAACUUUGUUACUGUCUGUCACACAAAUGUCAAACUUCACGAAGAGAUUCCUGUGUGUGUGGUGUUUGCACAGGAUUAAGUUUUUGUUUUCUUUUUUGUUGUUAGUUUUGUCAUCACUUUAAGAGGAUAUAAGAUGAAAGUUUAUAGCAAGUAUUUUGUUAUAAUUUUAUGGUACAUAGCAUGUAAUAUAAUAUAAUAUAAAUAAAUGUAGAUUUUAAAUUAUUUUAUUAUUUUCAUUAAAACAUAAAAAAAAAAACAAAAUAUAAACGUGAUUUUGCGCAGCAUUUCGUUAACUAUAAAAAGUAUAACGUUUGUAUAUUUCGUCAAAUUUUAACGAAAGUGUAUAUUUUAACAACUAAAAACAACAACAACAACUGUUGUCAUUCAAAACAGCCGUCCCAAGUAAAACACUUAAAAGUAAAUUUAAAAAAAUGUAAAAUGUAAAUUAUAAAUGUAACGUAAUGUGCAAUUCUGAAGCGUUUUCUCUUAUUCUAAGAAAAAUGUGAAAAUUAACAAGAAAAAAUGUAAAUCUUUUAAAUGUAUAACGUUUUUCAAACGUAAAAAUUUAUUUUAAAAAAAUCAAAAGACCUUAGACAAAACAAAAAAAAUUAAUAUGUUAUUAUUAGUGUAAAUUUAUGUUUUUUUUUGUAACUUAAUGCAUUAUUUAACUUUAAGUUUAAAUAUAUGCAAAACAAAUUAAAAACAAAAGAAAAAUAACAAACUGCAAAAAAUAUGUAAAUAGAUUAAAGUAUUUUAUGAUUUAUUUUAUUCCCAAUAAAUUCGCCUUGCUCCUGUGUAAAUCGGUUAGUUUUAACGAUUAUUACCUUGUAAUAAAAUAUUUACCUACUUAAACAAAAGAAAAAAAAACAUACAUA